CAGGGAAAGUACAUAUAUAUAGAAUCGUCAUCACCAAGAAAAUACGGGGAACAUGCCAGUAUUUCAUCGCAUGUCCUACCGGCGAACAGGACGAUGUGUUUCGAGUUUUGGUAUUAUAUGUUUGGAGAUGGAUCUGGACAAUUGUUCGUAUUUAUACAGGAUACGUGUACGAAAAUGGAAACACAGUUGCUUAAGGAGGCAGGGGACAAGGGGCAAAAAUGGAAUAAAGCUUCUGUUACAAUAGCCAGAGAUUCUGUUCCAAAUGACUACAGAAUCGUCCUCAUGGCCGACGUCGGAGCAACAUAUCAUGGAGAUACGGCAGUAGACGAUUUAUUCAUACAUGAUGGACCAUGCCAAGGGAGCAACGGAGCACCCAUAGUCGGUUAGAGACGACUAGGGCGAAUAUUUUACUUCAUCAUAUUAAUCAAGAGUGUCAAUUGUAUAGUUGUUACAAAAUUUUUUGUCUUUUGUUCUGUGGUAUUGUAUGUAUUGCAAUUCAAUAAAAUGCACUUAGAAACACAUACUGUAUAAUUUGUUACUUUUCGGCGAGUAAUAUAAUAUAAUUAUUAUAUAUUAUGUUUUUUGGCAAUAGAUUGAAUGCAGUACAAAGCAGUAAUAAGAUAUAACUGUAUAGUGCUGCGAAAAGUGUUAUUUUUUCUUUUCAUUGAAGACGUGAAUUCCUGUAAUCAAAGAAGUAAUAUAAUUUCUUGUCAUAAAAGAUGAAACGUUUUUACUUGUUGAAAAGAUGUAACAAAAGUUUUGUCACAAAAGAUGUAACAUAAUUUGUUUUUAUAAAGGACGUAAUAAAAUAUCUUGUCAUAAAGGUCAUCAUGUAACAUGUAGAAUAGUCUGUGGUUUGUUUUUCUUGCUUGAUUUUAUUUAAGAAAAAUAUGUGCUGUUUGUUAAUAAAGAGCUUGU